UGCAACCUUUAUUUCUAAAUGCUAGGGUGAAUGUAACUUGUUUUAAAUAAUAAUCAUAUUUUAUUUGAAAAGUCCAGUAACAAUGGAAACUUCCUUACUAGUAGCUGUAGGCAUAUCCCUUGUAAAUAAAGCACCAUUGGGGUUCUGUAUUAAUUGCACUUUAACAAAUAUUUGACUUAUGCACAUAAAUAGCAGCACUUCACACUUUCAUAACAUUAUUGGUGCUUUAUUAGCAGGAUUUGCACAGAACAAUUUCAACUUUGAAUAGCACACCUCCAAUCAGGUAAUCGACUGCAUUAGAGUAUAUUAAUUGUAAAUAGGAUGUUUCAAGUGCUUUAUAAAAUGGUGUCUCAAAAAUGUAGCACACGGAGCAUGAAUCCUUUGAUGCUGAACCUUUAAUAAACAACGCCAGUCUUUUAGUGACAGUGUCAGUGGCUAUAGACCAAAGGAAUCUUUAUGUCUUGAGACGUCUCUCUCUCUCUCUCUCUCUCAGAAUAGAGACAUUUCCAAAAACCUUUUUUUACAUUGAGAUUCGACGAAGAUUCAUCCUUAACUCUGAGGUUAUUUAAUAUAAUGGAGAAAGGAGAAGGAAAGAAUCAAUUUCCGGCAGUGAGAGCGAUGCUCACCGAGCGGCUCACGGCGGCGGAGGAGGAGAUCCUCGCGGGGCUUGAGGAAACCUUUGCAGAGUAUGAAGACAGAGAGGAGCGGUCCCAGCGGGAGAUCAGCCGCCAGAGGAGGCUGCUCGAUGACGUGAUGAAGGACAUAGAUCAGCUGCAAAGAUCAGUGUGUCUUGCAGAUGUACAGGUUCCCACUGAGCAGCCGCAGUGGAGCCCCCUUGUGGACCGGGAGAACCCAGAGCCCCCCCACAUUAAAGAGGAACAGGAGGAACCCUGGACCAAUCAGGAUGGACAGCAGCUUCAAGGACUGGAGGAGGCUGAUAUCAAGUUCACAUUGACUCCUGUCGCUGUGAAGAGUGAAGAAGCUGAAGAGAAACUUAAAUCGUCAAAGCUUCAUCCGAGUGAGAUGAAGGAGAACAGAGCUGAACCAGCAAGGAACUCAGGUCCUGAUGGACAUUUACAACCAGGUACUGAGGACAAGUCUGAGGACUCUUCUGAGACUGAAGACAGUGAGGAUUGGAUGGAGACCAGGGAACCUCAGACUGGUUUAAAUGCAAGAAAUAACAAACAGCUUCUAAGUGAUAUUGGAUGUAAGACAGAAAAGCAUUUGUUCAGUUGCUCUGAGUGUGGUAAAAGAUUUAACCAAAGGGGCCAUCUAAAGAAACAUAUGAGGAUUCAUACAUGAGAGAAACCCUUUGUCGUACAUUAUAUUGGACGACAAAGCUCUGGAGCAGUCACGUGCCCCAGCAGCUGAUUCACAACCGAGGCUUUCCAUUUACAAUAUGACAAACUGGUCCCUGCUCCACCAGUGUUGUCUCACACCACUGUCACUGGUUUAACCUCCACUAUCAGAGCCUCCACAUUUUCUAGUUCAGAGUCGUUACAAGGAUCCAAAGUAGAAAAUGUUCAUCUGUGUCCGGGGAGUUUUCUGCAUUGUCCUGGGAGCGUUUACACACGUGGAGCCAUCAGCUCCGAGCCUGUUUCCUU